AUGUCUUUCCAGGCUUUGGAUAUCAUCACACAACGCUCUCGAGGCAAACUCCAAUUGGCUGCGCCUAUCACGAAGAACUUUCAAAUGGACAUUUUCGCAAAGAAGACUUGCAAGACCGCCCGGGGUUACACCUACACCUACUACACGUUUGAAGGCGACAGAUCUCUUCCCACCCUGUUGUUUCAGCAUGGCUGGCCCGAUCACGCCGAGAUGUGGAAGGGUAUCGCGGAACGUCUCAUUAGUACCAAGCUUUCUAUCAUUAUACCAGACAUGCUUGGCUACGAUGGUACUGAUAAGCCGACUAAUCCAGCCGAGUACAAGUGGGACGCAAUGACAAAGGAUCUCAUCGACAUCAUCGACACCGAAAAGGUCGACAAAGUGAUCUCCAUCGGCCAUGACUGGGGAUCUGCAUGUGCCGCCCGUCUCUACAACUACUACCCCGAUCGUGUCGCUGGCUGUGCCUUUCUCAACGUUCCCUACCACGCGCCGAGUCGUCAGCCUUUUGAUCUUGAUGCGAUGAUUGAGAUGACCGAGCAAGCUUUUGGCUAUGGAGUCUUCCAUUACUGGAAACUGUUUGCUGAUCCAAAUGGUGGCAAAGUUCUCACAGACAACGUUGAGCGUCUCUAUUCUUGCCUUCACGGCACAGGCGACACAAUGAAGCGCUUCUUCUGCGCGCCAGAUGCUAUGCGACAGCAUCUUACUAGCAACAAUCCAGAUCCAGAACUCCGGCCUUACGCUCAGAAUCCGAAGUUUCGCCAGGACUUCAUCGAUAGGAUGCGCCGUGACGGCUUCGACGCACCGCAGUGCUGGUAUCGCGCUUUCAUAGAACAGCAGCACCUGUGUGAUAAAGAACUUCCUGAAAGCAGAGACAAGGUGGAUGUUCCAGUUCUGUACAUUGGAGGAAAAGAAGACGCCACGUGCCGUUCUGAGGCAAUGUAUCCGGCGAUUCAGGCUGGGUUGUUGCCGCAUCUAGAUCAGAGGCCUCUGUUGGACGCGUCGCACUGGACCCCAUACGAGAAGCCGGAAGAGAUUGCGGAGCUUUUCAAAGAAUGGCUAAGCAAGAAUUACACAGUAUGA